AUGUAUUUAUCGAAAUGAAAAAAACCUGAAUAUACAACAACAAAUUGCAGAAAUUCUAAUCGCGACAACAAAUUAUUAAUUAGUAAAAUUAUAUUUGCGCUCUUCGCCCCGCUGCUUUGCGGAAGUACAUAACGCGACGAAAUGGAAUAUGUCAAACGCCGGUAUACCGGCGACUAUAACAAAUCAAAUUUGUGUCGGUUUUGUGGAUCCGAAGAUAAGGAAAAUGUAGAUAUUUUUUUGUCCAAAAGGCAGGGACCAUCCUCAUCAUCUUCGGACAAGGGAAGUAGUGGUAGUGGAGUAAGCGGGGCUGAAGAUUUAUUGAAUAAAAUAUCAACAGUUUAUCCCUUUGUGAUGUAUGAGAACGAUCCAUUGCCACAACACAUUUGUCCCAAAUGUAUUACGAAUGUUCAAACGCUGUAUCAAGACAUACAAGAAGUGCUGAGACAUCAGAAAAAGUUGAUGAACUUAAUACGCAUUGAUGAGCCGCAUCAUGAAUACUUCCGAAUAUUAAAUGAAAUUGAGAAUUCAGCAAAAUCCACAAAAAUGUUUAUAAAGGCUUCCUAUGAUGUUGACAUCAACCAAAACACUCCCAUCAAGUUUUUAACAUUUCCUCCAAAUGAAAAUUUAAACAAGGCACUGACAUCCUCGACUUCCAGUCUUAAUACGAAACCAGUCAAUGAAAAAUUGGUGCAGAAUAUACAAACGAAACUAGAGCUUAACGGGUUUACCAUAAAGCGCAUUAAAGUGGCGCAAGUGGAAAACAAAUCCGAUGCUUCUAUUUCAUUAGACGAAGAAGACGACGAGGAGGAGGAGGUAAAUUGCUCAUAUUGCACCAAGGUAUUUGCAUCACAAAAGGAUUUGGCCUUGCAUCAGGUAACUCACAUGAAAGUCUCCACCGAUAAAAUCUUUGAGAAGCGUUUGCUGCCCAAAAACUGGCGCAGAGGUCGUCUUAUCUGUGUCAAUAAUGAGAAAAACAUACGAUGCCUAAACUGUUGGCAAGUCUUUAGGGAUAAUAAAUCCAUACUCCAUCAUUGGUCAUCUAGCGAUUGUUUCUAUUAUUGCUUCAUAUGUAGCAAAGAGUUUCCACAUUCACCCAAACUGCUGAGGGAACAUAUGCCAAUGACUCAUGGAAUAACGUUCCGUUCUAUAAUGAAGCAAUUCUUUGCCAACCGCACCACACCUACAGUAAAAAUGUCAAUAAUUCAGCAGCAGCAACCAACAUCAUCAUGGAGAAUGCCAAGCCAACAGAGUGAACUGAGACCUAUGCACCCCAUUAACAUAAAUGUGAAGCCACCUCAUAAGAAGAAAAGAAAGAACUACUACAGAAUGGGAAAGAGUUCAACUAAAAACGAUGAUGGCACCUUUUCUUGCAACAUCUGCCAUAAAGUCUUUUCGAAUUACCGAUCCAGUAAUUCUCAUAUGCGCAUUCACAAUAUACCCGAUGUGUAUGAUGACCGCAAAAAGGAUAGCUACUCCAACAACGAUGAGUUACUGUUACCAGAUAUUCUACCAUUUAGCAGCAGCGACAGUGGCAUUAGCUCCACACACCAUGCAGCGUCAUCAUCGACAGCACCAGUACCCAUAGCAUUCAAUCAGGCGCGACCAAGUAUUCCUCAAGCCGUUAGGCCACCUUAUAAAAUCAUCACCAACAAUGGUCCAUUGCGUGGCAUCAGAACUAAAAUAGUACAGAAGCGUAGAGAUUUCAUGACCAGCGGUAGUGGCAGUGGCAAUGAAAGUUCUUUAAGCAUGAGCCCAUUUGAACCUAGGAACUCAUCGACGCCAUGGUCCAGUCAGCAGAAUGCCUAUCAACAGCGUUACAAUUGGUCUCCCUCCAUGGAAAGGGAACGAGCGCCCGUGACCGAUUAUACACCCACACACACUGUAGUAAAAUCAGAACCGCUUGAUCAUGCCUCGGCUGAUGGUACCGACUAUAAUCAAUUGACGUGCUUCAUAUGUAAGGACACCUUUGCCAGUUCUAAAGAGUAUCGAAUGCAUGCAAUGUUUGUCCACAAUAUAAAUGAUGAGUAAUAUUAGGAUAAAAAAAAAAACAAAAUACAGCCAUGUCUAUGCAACAAGCAGCGGCUUUAAUUUACGUAUAUUCUUUUUUAUCAUAUAAGCGUCAUUCAUUCUCAUAAACACACACACACACACAACAUAUAUUUAUAAGAAAAUUAUUAUUUUUUAA